GGAAGCCCCAAAGCUCCCCGUAGUGGGAAUUUGGAGGCGUUACCAUCUCGUGGAAACAAGACGAACCAAUCGAGCUCGAGAGAAACUUGUUGCUCACUAUGUCCGGCAAGGCAGCUCUAGUCACCGGCGCUACCGGAUUCUUGGGGAGGCAGGUUGUCAAGGCCUUUGCCUUCCACGACUGGAUCGUCAAGGGCACUGGAUACUCGCGCGCUGAUGGCACCGACAUCCUCAAAGUCGACCUCGCCAACGCCGCCAAGAUCGAGGCGGCUCUGGACAAGGUGAAACCGCAGGUGGUAAUUCACUGUGCCGCAAAUCGCUACCCAGAUAAAGUCGACAAGGACCCACAGGGUACCCGCGCCUUGAACAUCGAGGCCUCGCGCGCGCUCGCCCGGCUGUGUGCCGCGCGGGGCAUCCUGCUCGUCUACAUCUCGACCGACUACGUCUUCUCCGGGCGGCCGGGCGAGGCCCCGUACGAGGCCGACGCGCAGACCGGGCCGACGAAUCUGUACGGGCAGACCAAGCUAGACGCGGAGCAGGCCGUGCUGGCGGAGUGCCGCGAGGCCGGGAGGGACGGGCUCGGGGUGGUGCUAAGGGUCCCGGUGCUCUAUGGGCCUGUGGAUAAGGGGAAGGGGAAUGGGGAGAGCGCGGUGAAUUGUUUGAUGGACGUCGUUAUGGGGGACCAAGGCCAGGGGGAGGGGAAGACGGUGAAGAUGGAUCACUGGGCGCUCAGAUACCCUACGAACACGGAGGAUGUGGCAAGGGUUUGUUACGAUGUGGCAGUUAGGUAUUUGGGAGAGACGGACAAGGCGUCAUUGCCGAAGGUGCUCCAGUUCUCGAGCGAGGACAAGUACACCAAGUACGAGAUGUGCCAGCUGUUUGGCGAGAUUAUGGGUGUCCCGAUUGAUCGAAUCGAGCCAAACACCCAGGGGAAUGACCCAAAUGCCAGCGUCCAGCGGCCGUACGAUUGCCACCUCAGCACCAAGGCGCUGAAAGAUCUGGGGAUCGAUGUCUCGACUCAGGACUUUGUCGGCUGGUGGAGGCGGGAGUGUCGCGCGUUCAGACAUUGAGAGAAGCGGCCCGGUCAGCGUGCCAUGACGCGCUUCGUCAUGGAGGCAAGGGUGUCUCUCCCUGAUUCAUCUGAGAUGGGUCUUGGAACGCGUUCAAUCCAAGGAAGUAUGCAGUGCAGAAUUUUGCUUCUUGAUGGCUGCCGAAGUGUUCGCAGUACAAUAAGUCCGAGCACCCUUGCUUUAAUGACUAAUCGGACUUCAACCAUCUCAGCCAGGGGAUCUCAAUGCAAGAUGGGAUGGCAGAUCACCGAGUGACUCGAGGGGCGUCUGAGUGCCGUCAAUGCGCUCAUUCCAUUCAGAGGCAGGACCAACGUGUCGUACCAUGAGAAAUGUCUCGCCUGCUAGACACUCCCUUGGGAGCUGUACGCGACGGAGGGAUAUACUUGCCUGAGCUGUUCACCUGUCUCGUAUUUUAGUGUCCUU